AUGCCCCCAGUGACGGGCCGCCCCAUCGGCAGGCCCCCCGGCCAGUACCCCGUCAUCCACCGCACCCGCAGCUGGCGUGGCAUCAUGCAGGUGCGCUUCAACGACACACGCGCGGACCGCAACAGGUUACUCAAGCACGCGGUGCUGUGGUCCCCGCUGAGGGUCUUCGGGCUCUGCUUCCUCACAACAACAGCGAUGUACUUCACUUUAGGACACGAUCGUUUCAUGCACACAAUUUUUGGCUAUGAAUCGGAGAUGCACUAUGAGGCUCGCGUAAAUCCCGACGCUAGCAUCAUGUUUGGUGAGACCCUGCUUGGAAAGGAUCGCAGCUGGAGUUCGCCCGUGCGUGAUUUAGAGAAGCCACUGCACCCGAAACGGGAGUUCGACGUUCUGCGGGACCCCAAGUCUACUUAG